UGACACGAUACUAAUUCUAAUAAUUCUGUCUCAGUUUCAUCCUCCUUUCCUUCUCUCCUACUGCUGUAUUUUCAACCAAUUUCCAGAUCUUUCCAUCCCUCGAUGUUUAGAUGAUCUUAAUAUCACUCCACUCGAGGAGUAGCUCUAGACUGGUUGACAAGGAACCUAUUCCAACCAUCUAACCCCGCCGCUACCAUAUACUGCUCUUUCUUCAAUGAAAGAUGUCUAAUCUAUAUGACUACACCGUUGGUUGGAUCUGCGCAAUAAGCACCGAAUACGUCGCCCGACCAUCAUUCCUUGACGAACAUGAAGGACCGGAAACUAUCUCUUCUCACGACAAUAAUGAUUACACGCUUGAAAAAGUUGAAAGUCACAACGUUGGCUGUUGCCUCGCCGCCUUCCCGGUUGCGGCCUGUCGCGAUGAGCAUAACCCCCGCGCACCCUAACCCUAACGUAAUUUUGGUAUACCCUUGAAAGCAUCCGGCUUUUGCUGGGGUAUGAUAGGGUUGAAUCGGGGUUCACAACUAAAUACGGUCAGAUGAUACUAUCACAGGGCUACAGAGAAGGGGCACGUGGUUGUCGUUAAAUUGUUGCUUGACAAGGGGUUGGCAUUACUCAGUUAGGCAGUGACAGUUUGGUGCGUAUUCGUAUUCUCAAAUGGCUGUCUUUUUGCAGGAAGUCAGCAAUGCCAGUGCAGAUGUGCAAGAACCAGGCGGACAAA